AAUGGGACAGGUUGCACAUUGGGGGCAGUACACUGUUUUGCUCGCUUGAAAUUUAUUUUUUUAGCCGACGGAAAAUAAGAAUUCUUACGGUUGUGCAUAUCAAAUGCGGUUGGAACUAGAGGAGGGACGGGCAUCAACGAAUGCCUUUAAGAUGGACGCGUCUUGCAUGGAAUUAGCCCUUGAAGGAGAACGGCUCUGCAAAGCGGGCAAUUGUAAAUCCGGCGUGCAGUACUUUGAGGCGGCCGUGGAAGUCGGCACAGAUGACCUGCGCACGCUGAGCGCCAUCUACAGUCAGCUAGGCAACGCGUAUUUCUACCUUCAGGACUACACCCGUGCGUUGGAGUACCACAGGCAUGACCUCACGCUGGCAUGCACGUUAGGGGACCACAUAGGAGAAGCCAAGGCAAGUGGUAACCUAGGCAACACGCUGAAAGUGUUGGGCAAAUUUGACGAGGCUAUUGUGUGCUGCCAACGACAUCUGGAUAUAUCGAGGGAGCUUGGUGAUAGGGUUGGUGAAGGCAGGGCACUGUACAACCUGGGCAAUGUCUACCACGCUAAGGGGAAGCACGCCGGCCGAGCAGGGCACCAGGAUCCCGGGGACUUCCCCGAAGAGGUCAUCGGGUGCCUCCAGAAAGCCGUGGAGUUUUACGAGAUGAAUCUUGCCAUUGUCAAAUCGCUCGUAGACAAGGCGGCUCAGGGAAGGGCAUGUGGUAACCUUGGCAACACGCAUUAUCUCCUGGGCAACUUUGAGACGGCAAUUGGAUUCCACAAAGAGAGGCUGUCCAUCGCCAAGGAGUUCGGAGACAAGGCAGCCGAGAGGAGAGCCUACAGUAACCUUGGCAACGCCUGUGUCUUCAUGGGAGAUUUUGAGACAGCUGCCGAUUAUUACAAGAAAACCCUGCACAUUGCUCGUCGGUUGGGAGACAUAGCCAUUGAAGCUCAGGCCUGCUACAGUCUAGGCAAUACAUUCACUCUACUGAGGGAUUAUGAAACAGCGGUGGACUACCAUGAGAGACACCAUAGGAUAGCGCAGAAACUCAAGGAUAGGGUCGGAGAGGGUCGAGCCUGCUGGAGUUUAGGGAAUGCACACACGGCCCUGCAGAAUCAUGAAAAGGCAUUGCACUAUGCAACCCUUCACCUACAAAUCUCUAGAGAGGUCGGGGACAAAACAGGCGAGCUGACAGCGCAAAUGAAUCUGGCUGACCUUCGGACUGUGUUGGGACUGGACAAAGACCCAUGCAGCCAAGAUGGUCUGCUACAGAACGCCAGCAAAAAGACACUCAAAGAAAAAGAGCUCAACAGGCAACGUCGGCAGAGUAUGGAACGGCUGGAACUGGUUACCAUGACACCAGACAAAAAUGCAGCAGCUGCAACAGCCAACGGCAAGCCCAAGCAAUCCGCGGGCGCCAAGUUCAAGAGGAAAGGCAGCAACAAGGAGAAGCUGAGCAGGAAGAGCUCCAACACCUCCAGCACCAGCUCCAGCAGCGGGGAAUCGGCUGCCUGUCUCAGGACAGAGAAUGUCAACAUACAGGUCUCGCCUCAGCAGAGAUCUUCCCCGGAGUUUAUGGAUGAUGACGACAGCUUCUUUGAUGUCUUGAGUCGCUUCCAAGGUAAGCGCAUGGAUGAGCAAAGGUGCUCUUUCAACAGGAUGCAAGACAAGCAGCGAGAGAGAGAGAACGACGAAGACAGAGAUUAUCCCAUGAAAGAGGAACUCAUGAAUCAAAUCGCCAGUUUCCAGCGUAGCCGGCUCAACGAGCAGCGGUCCAGCAUCUGCAACCUGCCGGGCCUCAAGACCAACAAUGAGGAGGUGCUGGGCCAGCUGCUGCAAAAGGGCAACCAGGGCGUGCCCGAUGACGACUUCUUUGAUAUGCUAAUGAGAUGUCAGGGCUCCAGGAUUAACGACCAACGCAGUGAGCCCCCGGUCUUACAGCCUGCUCCCACCGUCCCCGAUGAGGACUUCUUUGCCUUGAUCCAACGCGUCCAAUCCAAACGCAUGGACGCCCAACGGUCCGACAAGGGACCACAAGAUCAGACGAAGUAAUCACCAGUCACGAGACUGCAUUGCUUGAAGCGAGACGAACGCGUAUCCGGACUUUUCGGCCGAGUCGGCAUCGCACUUUAUUCACAUCACAGUCACCUUGAUCGGAAGAGUCUGGAGCGGCCAUUGGGUGACUUUCGUAAACAUUUGCAAAUGCCAGUCUCUUGAGGGCGCUGUUCGUGUGGGCGCAAGUCGAAUGCGCGUCUGAACAAUGUACAUUGAUUCUGUGAUGUUCACUAUGAUGAAAAUUAAAUAACAGUGUGAUCUUGUGUGCGAUCGCUGCGUAGUCCUGUAUUGUGUGGUGUGUGUGUUCAGGGGAGUGUUACUGAUAUUGACAUCCUUUGGGAAUGGAGGGGGAUAAACAUCCCCUGGGUAGGGGAGGGGUCAUGCUGCAUGGGGGUGGGUUACGGCUGAAAUUUUUCACGGAGUCAUUCCAGGUGGUUAUAAAACUCAGACGUAGAAACUCCCCCAAAGGUACACAAUGGCACAGCACCAUUUUAUAGCCACUUGAAAUACCCAAAAAAAAGAACACGCUUGAUGAACUAACUUCUAGUUUUUCAAUAGCCUGGUCCAAGAUUUGAUUUCAAAUUUAUUUUCUCAGUACAAUGGAACUUCGCUAUACCGAACACCGCUAUAUCAAACAUUCAGCUAUGCCGAACAUCGUCAUUGGCCCCUGAUUUUUGUGUACAAAACGUACUGAACAUUGUUGUUGAAAAAUGGCAACAGAAGAGCAACAAGUGGCUAUUAUCUCCCCAAGGAAUAGAAGGGGAAAGCCACCCAUUGCUCUAGGUAGUAAGCUCAACUGUGUAACGGUAAAUUACAUAAUUCAAUAGUCGGCACAUGUUCAAAGUCUUUCUGUAACUACUAGUACCAGGGCAUGCAGGGUGAAGUUCUGAAGGGGGCUAUUUAUUGAAAAGUGAGUACCGGAGCGCCGGCAGCUUAAAAUCGCUAUACUGAACGAUCACUAUUAUGAACAAUUUAUGUGGAUCCCGCAAUGUUUUUAUAGCGGCGUUCCACUGUACAGCUGGUUGCCGACAAGUGCGGUAAAGCCAACAAUAUCAAGUCUUGGGAAUUUUGGCAGCGCUACCCAGGAAAUUCCGAGCAUACCUCACGCAUUCAAGCUUUAUGUGCACACAUGAGCUGCUUAGAAUUACCUGGAUUGCCAGUGAUCGGGAAAAUAAAAUUCAAAAUUCAAUCUUGGACGAAGACGAGUCACUUGAUGCCAUUAAUGGGAUUCAUUGGUGUUUCUGCCCGUGUCAUUGCACUGGCAGUUUUUAAUAAGUGUAUCGGUUGGAAAUUAGUUCCAAUCGAUGUGCAAAAUACGGUGCGAAAAUGACGUCAACUUUGUAACACGUAAUAAAUAUCGCAAUGGUUUUUAAUUAAUCACAUCCUACGUGUAGCAUUCUCCGCCACUCAAGCAGUUGUUGAAACAUUUUACUGAAACUCUUCCAAGUUUUCACGAUUCUGCAACAACUGUUUGAGGUUUAGUAAAUUGUCGAGGUGCCUUUUUUAAAAACUUCUGUCUUACUUGAAUACAUAUGUAGUUUUACGUGUUUUAUUUAUUUUAAGGGAGUUGUAGUGAUGUGUAGAUAUUUACCACAUAUUUCAAGGGUUUAUCUCUCUACUUUUUUUGAGAGCAGUUUAGAGUCUUACCUGAUGAUCUUUUUCAUCCUGUUUGGUCGGUACAUGUGUUGCGUAUUUAGGUCUAUUCUAAACUGUAGGCCUAGGAGACGAACACAACAAAAUAUUUGAAAAUGGGCAUAUGGGAAGACAGCUAUGUAAGAACAAAGGGAAAGAAUGUCGCAUCCUGACGCCACUUUUUUUCAUGUUAUCUCAAUGAACGUCAGUCAUUUCAAAAACAUUGAAAAGAUAUGAAUCUGGACUUGAAACAUUUCCAAUUUUGUUAAAAAAUACUUUGAAUAAAUGCACUCAACUCGGCAUUGACUUUGUAUGCAACCAAAGAAGUUGCGUCCGGAUACUACAUUUUUUCCCAACAAAGGAUGUUUUUUUGAUUAUGUGGAAAAUAACAGGCCUAAACAAAUUCCCAAUAGCCAAAUUCUUGUUGGAAUUUGAACUGUGUCAAGCAAGCACACAUGUAUUAACAACGAAAAGCCACUAUACAGCAGCAUCGAUAAGUGUUCAUUGUUAUGGCCCAUGUCUUACCAUACAACAGUGAAUGAAACUUGGUUCUGAUACAGACCUGCCUGUUAAGCCCCGCCCACAGCACACUCGGGCACUAAUUGCGCAUCUCCAAUACCACACUGCAUGUUGCAGUCACAUGUGUCAUUAAACGCAUGUGCACGCAUGUCGGACUUUAGUGAACGUAUGUUGGUCAUUAAUCACAGCUGUGAUUGGUCAAGACAUCAUGAGGUGGGGCUUAACAGGGUGGGGCUUAACGGGGCGGGGCUUAACAGGCGGGGCUUAACACAUCGGUCUAUUGGUCUUUGGUCUUGGUUGAACUAUGCAACAAACCCUUGUGUGGUUGUUCGUGAGCAUUUGAUGUUUAGAUGAUCAAUAAGCCUGACACUUUCUUCUGUAUUUUUGUUGUUGGCUUGUUGACUUGUCCUAUCGGUUCUCAGGGCCCAGCUCAAUAAGCAAGUAUGGCGAGUACUCGACUACUCUCAAGUAAUGUCCUCACGAGUACUCGAGUUGUAAAGUACACAACACGCCCAGGACUACUGGGCAUUACACCAACGAUAUUAACUUAGUAAAUGUGAGCUGAAUGCUUUGAUAAUCUUUUUGUUACACAUAUCGAGUCACCGUUGAAGAUGUAGGAUUUCAGAGUAGAGUUCGACGUAAUUAGAAAUGGUCCAAACACAGUUCAAGCCUGUUAAUUUUAAAAUAUGAAAACUGGCCACUCGCAGCAGUUUUCUCAGUUAAUUACGCUGUAUAAACUUAAACUGUACAUGUAACUAGUGUCUUAGAAACCCAUGUUUGUAAACCUGUAAAUACUCUCCACGUCCAUGUAAAUGAAGAGAAUUUGUAAAGAUGUGUGAUUCUGGGUGAGGUUUUUAAGUACAUCGGUGAACAAGUUGGUGGUUUUGGGGUUUUUUUUUUUUUUUUGAGGGAUGCGACUUAAUUUUUUUAUAUGUAUGUACAGGAACAAAACCCGAAACAAAACUUGUAAAUAUCUUUUAGGGGUUUUGGUCCCCUAGCACUCGGCUUUUUAUGGAGCUCGUGUGCUGUAUAUUUCUGUUGAUUAUAAUCAAUGAAUGUAGAUACGUAUUUGUAAAUGAAAUGAAUGAAUGUGUUGAAUGUAGCGUCCAAACAAUCCGGUCCUCGUGUGCACGUGGGCCGAGUUUUAUUCAAAUCGUAAGUAGACGAAAAAUGAUGUAAUAGACACGGAACGGUACCACUGCACAAUAAAGCAGCACGGUGUUCUCUGAAAUACACAAAUGUUGUUUCAAA